AUGCUGGCCAAUGGCACGGUGCUGGACGCUGCUGGAAAGGCGAUCAAGCCGACUGCAAACGCAGACGGGUCGUUCACAGCGGGUGACAUCACUGGGUUUCCGAACGGCACCAUUGUGGGCGCCAACGGUGCGGUGGUCAACACUGGCAAGCAGUUCGCCGUUGCCCCUGAUGGCACCAUCGCCGUCACCUCUCCUGCGCCUGGCUCUAUCCCCGCUCCUGGCUCCAUGCCUGGUCCCAUUCCCUCUGACCCCAGCAGCACCAAUCUGACCUUCAACCCCGAUGGCAGCCUGUCAUUCGGGCCCGGCUACACCAUGCUGCCUAGUGGCCAGGUGACUGACUCCACUGGAGCCCCUGUUGCUCCCAUUCUCAAUCCGGAUGGGUCCUUCUCUGUCGGCGCUGGUUACACGGCCUACCCCAACGGCACACUCACAGCUCCCGGUGUGGCCAUCGACCUCGUCGGCGCGCCUGGGUAUACGAUUGGCAGCACGAAGAUGCUGGCCAAUGGCACAGUGCUGGACGCGGCUGGAAAACCGAUCAAGCCGAUUGCGAACGCAGACGGGUCGUUUACAGCGGGCGAGCUGACAGGGUUUCCGAAUGGCACUCUUGUGGGCGCCAACGGGGCUGUGGUCCAAACUGGCAAGCAGUUCACUGUCAACCCUGAUGGCACCAUCACUGUCACCUCUCCUGCCCCUGGUUCUAUCCCUGCGCCUGGCUCUGCCCCUGCUCCUGGCUCUGAAACUGCCCCUGGGUCUGAGACUGCCCCUGGCUCUGAGAUUGCUCCUGGGUCUGAGACUGCCCCUGGCUCUAACCCCGGUCCCACUCCCUCGGACCCCAGUGGCACCAGAUUGACGUUCAACCCGGACAACACCCUGUCAUUCGGACCCGGCUACACUCUCUUGGCUAACGGCACAGUCACUGACUCCACUGGAGCCGCUGUCGCCCCCACUCCCAAUCCCGAUGGCUCCUUCACUAUCGGUGGCGACUACACUGCCUACCCCAAUGGCACGCUCACUGCGCCCGGCGUUGCCGUCAGCACCGCUGGCACGUUGGGGUACACAGUAGGCAGCACCACAAUGCUGGCCAAUGGCACGGUGCUGGACGCGACUGGAGCGCCAAUCACGCCCACAGAUAAUGGGGACGGGUCGUUCACAGCGGGUGACAUCACAGGGUAUGAGAACGGCACCAUUGUGGGCGCCAACGGUGCGGUGGUCAACACUGGCAAGCAGUUCGCCGUUGCCCCUGAUGGCACCAUCACCGUCGGCGCUCCUGGCUCUGCCCCUGCACCUGGCUCCCUCCCCGGCCCCGUUCCUUCCAGUGGCGGCAGCGUGACGUUCAACCCCGAUGGCAGCCUGUCGUUUGGCGCCGGCUACACUCGCUACCCCAAUGGCACGUUUGUGGACUCUACCGGUGCGCUCGUUUCCCCCAGCAACAACACAGACGGGUCUGUCUCUAUGGGUGGAGACUACACCUUCUACCCCAACAAUACCUUCACUGCACCCGGCCUCUCCUUUGCUGAGACCGGUGGGCGGCUCACCAUCGGCGCCACGACGAUCCUGGCCAAUGGCACGGUGCUGGACGCAGCAGGGAAGGCGAUUCAGCCAACGGUGAACGCGGAUGGAUCAGCAGUGACGGCGGGAGAUCUGACGGUGUACAGCAACAGCACUAUCGCUGGGUCGAAUGGUGCGGCUGUGAACACCUUUAGAACGACAACCAUUGGCCCUGAUGGCACUAUCACCUUCGGCGCUGUCACUCCCAGCCCCUCUGGCACCCCUACUCCCUCCUCCCCUGCUGCCGCACCGCCACCUCCCAAGCCUGCUGGUUCUCUCGGUUCACCAGUCAGUGUCUUGGCCACUGGCAUUGCUGUUGCUCUCAGCUCCCUGCUCUUUGUGUAG